CGCACCACCGCCAUCUUUUCCGGCGCUGGCUCCUCUCGGUCAGUGGGAUUUUGCCUUUAUGGUGGCGGAGUCAGCCGCGGCUGUGGUGAGUUCCGCCUGCUUGGCGGUUCCGUAGAUAGCAGGGGGCGGCAAAGGAAUGAUUGCGCUCCGUCGCGCAGGAGCCUCCCGCAGCCGGUUCACUUCGCUCGCUUCUCCAGGGACUAUCGGUCCUCCCUGCGCAGCCAGUUCCGAGAGGCUGCACACUCAGCUCACUGCAACCUCUGCAACCUCUGCCUCCUGGGUCAAGCAGUUCUCCUGCCUCAGCCUUCCGAGUACCUGGGAUUACAGGAUCGCAAAUAACCCUGUACAAAGAGGAAUGGAGAUUACCUCUAUCCACCUAGAUUCAUAAGCUGCCCUGAGGUGAUCUUGGCAUCAAGGAAGGGAUGCACAUCGCACCAUCAGCUUCAGAGAAUGGCAACCAUUGAUUUGUCCCAUGGGUUUUUUUCCAGGGAACCAAUCUGCCCUUUUGAAGAAAAGACGAAGGUAGAAAGGAUGGUGGAGGACUACCUGGCAAAUUCUUAUCAGGAUUCAGUGACGUUUGAUGAUGUGGCUGUGGACUUCACCCCGGAGGAGUGGGCUUUACUGGACACAACUGAGAAAUACCUUUACAGAGAUGUGAUGCUGGAGAACUACAUGAACCUGGCCUCCGUGGAAUGGGAAAUACAACCUAGAAUCAAACGGUCAUCAUUUCAGCAGGGUUUUUUGAAGAAUCAAAUAUUCAGUGGGAUACAAAUGACAAGAGGCUACAGUGGAUGGAAACUCUGUGACUGUAAGAAUUGUGGAGAGGUCUUCAGUGAACAGUUUUGCCUUAAGACACACAUGAGAGCUCACAAUGGAGGGAACACUUCUGAGGGUAAUUGUUACGGAAAAGACGUCCUCAGUGUGCACAAGGAAGCCUCUAUUGGACAGGAACUUUCCAAAUUUAAUCCAUGUGGAAAAGUCUUCACUCUAACUCCAGGCCUUGCUGUACAUCUUGAAGUUCUCAAUGCAAGACAACCCUACAAAUGUAAGGAAUGUGGAAAAGGCUUUAAGUAUUUUGCAAGCCUUGAUAAUCACAUGGGAAUCCACACUGAUGAGAAACUCUGUGAAUUUCAGGAAUGUGAGAGAGCCAUCACAUCUUCCUCACACCUAAAGCAAUGUGUAGCAGUUCAUACAGGAAAGAAAUCCAAAAAGACUAAGAAAUAUGGGAAAUCCUUCACUAAUUUUUCUCAACUUUAUGCACAUGUGAAAACUCAUAAAGGAGAGAAGUCCUUUGAAUGCAAAGAAUGUGGAAGAUCCUUUAGAAAUUCCUCAUGCCUUAAUGAUCACAUUCAAAUUCACACUGGAAUAAAACCACACAAGUGUACAUACUGUGGGAAAGCCUUCACUAGAUCAACUCAACUUACUGAACAUGUAAGAACUCACACUGGAAUAAAACCCUAUGAAUGUAAGGAAUGUGGCCAAGCCUUCGCUCAGUACUCGGGCCUUUCUAUACACAUACGAAGUCACAGUGGAAAGAAACCCUAUCAGUGUAAGGAAUGUGGGAAAGCCUUCACGACAUCCACAAGCCUUAUUCAACAUAUAAGAAUUCACACAGGAGAGAAGCCUUAUGAAUGUGUUGAAUGUGGGAAGACCUUCAUUACUUCUUCCCGUCGUAGUAAACAUUUGAAAACUCACAGUGGAGAAAAGCCCUUUGUAUGCAAGAUAUGUGGGAAAGCAUUUCUGUAUUCCUCACGCCUUAAUGUUCACCUGCGAACUCAUACCGGAGAGAAACCCUUCGUAUGUAAAGAAUGUGGGAAAGCAUUUGCUGUUUCCUCACGCCUAAGUAGACAUGAAAGAAUUCACACUGGGGAGAAACCCUAUGAAUGUAAGGGUAUGAGUGUUACCAUUUAGCCCAUCAGUUGCCAUCUUUAAUUAUUGGCAAUGACACCAAAGAUUAUCAGAUUUGUCCUAAAUGCCUUGCGGAGGUUGUAAUGGCUCAUGGAUUGGCCUUAGAUGCCAUCCUGAGGGUCUGAAAUUAAACCUACAGGUUCUGAAUACAACUUCA